AUGAAUGAAACCCGGCCGGGACGCUGGAGGCUGGAAAGCAAGCAGAAACUUUCUGAGCUCACUGCAAGCUCAAAACCUGCAAAUUUAGGACACAGGACAGCCAGGGCUGCUGACACUGAGUCUGUGUCUCUUAACCUAAACACCUGUUCUCAGGAUUUCUAUAUGAGUCUCAUGAAGGGAAUAUAUAUUCAACCCAUGGACUAUGAAGUAGAGAUCUAUACAGAUUUUUCCUUCGAUCCAACUGGGAUAUUCUCACUAGAUAAAACCAUUGGUCUUGGUACUUAUGGGAGAAUCUAUUUGGGACUCCAUGAAAAAACCGGUUCAUUCACGGCUAUUAAAGUAAUGAAUGCCAGGAAAUUAAUCAAUACUACUCCUUUGCCUGAAAUAGGGAGGCGGGUGAGAGUGAAUAAAUAUCAAAAGUCUGUUGGAUGGAGAUACAGUGAUGAAGAGGAGGAUCUCAGGACUGAACUCAAUCUGCUGAGGAAGUAUUCUUUCCACAAAAACAUUGUGUCCUUCUAUGGUGCGUUUUUCAAACUGAGUCCUCCUGGCCAUAGACACCAACUUUGGAUGGUGAUGGAGUUAUGUGCAGCAGGCUCAGUCACUGAUGUGGUGAGGAUGACAAGAAAUCAGAGUUUAAAAGAAGACUGGAUUGCUUAUAUCUGUCGAGAAGUUCUUCAGGGCUUAGCUCACCUUCAUGCACACCAAGUCAUUCACCGGGACAUCAAAGGCCAAAAUGUGCUGCUGACUCACAAUGCUGAAGUAAAAUUAGUGGAUUUUGGAGUGAGUGCCCAAGUGAGCAGAACAAAUGGAAGGAGGAAUAGCUUCAUUGGUACACCAUACUGGAUGGCCCCUGAGGUGAUUGGUUGUGAUGAGGACCCAAGCCGCUCCUAUGAUUACAGAGUGACUCUGUGUAACCUUCAGCCCUUGGAAGCCCUUUUCGUUAUUCUACGGGAAUCUGCCCCCACAGUCAAAUCCAGUGGAUGGUCCCGUAAGUUCCACAAUUUCAUGGAAAAGUGCAUGAUAAAGAAUUUCCUAUUUCGUCCUACAUCUGGAAAUAUGCUUCAUCACCCAUUUGUUGAGAAUAUUAGAAACGAACAGCACAUUGUGGAGUCAUUGACAAAACAUCUUACUGGAAUCAUUAAAAAGAGACAGAAGAAAGGCAUACCUCUGGUCUUCGAAAGAGAAGAAGCUGUUAAGCAACAGUACACCAUGAGCAGAUUCAGAGGACCUUCUUGCACUCCUGAACUUCUGACACUGCCAACUAGUAGCAGAUGCAGACCUCUUAGAGUCCUGCAUGGAGAACCCCCUCAGCCAAGGUGGUUACCUGAUGAAGAAGAGCCAGGACUCCAAGCACUUCAGCAACUGCAGGGGGCAGCCAGAGGGUUCAUGCCUCUACAUGCUCAGGACAAUACACCUGGGCAUGUACAGGAGCAAGCUCAGGCACCACAGAGCCUACAUGGGGCAGCUCAGGUGAAAAAGCCACUACAGGCUCUGGUUAAAGCUACAGCAUCUACGCCUCUAUUCAUGGAGAUUCAGGCACCUCCCCAACUAAAGAGAGAAGUCCAGGUGCACACACCACUCCCUACUCAGGAUAAAGAACCUAGCUCUCCAGAGGUACAGGCCCCCAUACCCAAAGAACAGCAGGCCCAGUCUGAGGCAUUAGAACCAGAGCAUCCUGAAGAUUUGGACCAGGUGCCAGAAGAAUUUCAGGGGCAAGAUAGGGCAUCUGAACAGCAAAGACAGGGUCAGGCUGCUGAACAACAGCAGAGGCAGAAUCAAGAUCCUGACCAGCAUCUGGAGCAGAAUAGGGCACCUGAGCAGCCAGAGGUGCAAGAACAGGCUGUGGAGCCUCCACAAGCUGAGAUUGAGGAUAAGGAACCUGAGGUAAUACAAGUACAUGCCCAGGUGUUCCUGCCUUUAUUGUCACAGAACCAUCACGUGCUCUUGCCUCUUCACUUGGACACACAGGUGCUAAUUCCAGUAGGGGAACAAAAUGAAGAGCCACCUCUAGCUCAGGGCUGGGCUCCAGAGGUCUCACAGGCUAUUGGUGCAGUUCAAGCACUGAUAGAAGGGCUAUCAAGGGACUUGCUUCAAGCACCAAAUGCGUAUAUCUCAAAACCACUUGGUCCACUGCAAAUCUUGCUGGAAAAUUUGUCAGCAGAUGAGUUUUACACUCAACCAGAACAGACGCGGAAGAAAAAGUCAAAAGUUUCUAGUCUAAAGAAAGCACUGGCGAAAAGACUAUCACCCAAGAGGUUCAGGGCAAAGUCCUUAUGGAGAAUUGAGGAGUUUGAACUUUCAGACUUAGAAACCAGCAGGAGACGGCGCCAGCGUAGAUGGGAGGAAAUCUUUAAUCAGCAUGAAGAGGAACUGAGACAAGUUGGAAAUGUAAGAGAUGAUAAAGAAGAUGACUCAUCAGACAAUGAUGAAGUGUUUCAUUCAAUACAGGCUGAAGUCCAAAUAGAACCAUCCGUUCCAAAUCCUACAGGAAAUGAGGUCCAAGAGAGAUCUGCUUCUAUGCCUUGCAACCAGAAUCGUACCCAUCGUGUGAAAUUUUCUUCAAGUGUCUCUCAGAGGCCUAUUUUCGAAGAAGCUCAACAGCCGAUGGACAUCAGACAGAGGAGUUCUCUAAAUUUUCACAAUUACGAAGCAGCAUCAGAAUCAUCGUCUGAGGAAGACAGUCCCGUGACUAGGAGGAAGUCCCAAUCAUCACCACCUUAUUCUACUAUUGAUCAGAAGUUACUGAUUGACAUCCAUGUUCCAGAUGGAUUUAAAGUGGGAAAAAUAUCACCCCCUGUGUACUUGACAAAUGAAUGGGUAGGCUACAAUGCACUCUCUGAAAUCUUCUGGGAUGACUGGUUAAUUCCUACACCUGGUGCUCAGCCACCUGAAGAAGAUGGUGAUUAUGUUGAACUCUAUGAUGCUGGUGCUAAUAUUGAUGGUGAUGAGGCAGCUGCUUACGAUGCUUAUGAAGAAGAUACCUAUGACCGUGUCAAUGGCCAUGGUGACUGGAAUAACCAGGGUGAUCAGGCAAAUGUCUAUAAAGUCCGUGGUGAAGGUGACUAUGAAGAUGGAUCUGCUCGUAACAUAGAUGAUAAUUUUGGUUCUGCAGCCAAUGGGCCAAGUGCAAGCUAUCGCAGACAGGGAAUAUUGAAGAAAGCUGGUAGUGGUGGAAAUAAUGUACAGCAGGGAGCAUUUGGAGCCUAUAAAAACAGUGGAGCCAGUGGUUAUCAAGGAAACAGUGCUGCUGGAGCGAGUGCUUCCUUUAGAGACCUGGAUGGACAUGGAGCCUAUGGAGGAAACAGAUACAGAGGACUCAAUGAAAGCAGUGAAGAGAAUGGAGCAUGUGGAUUCUAUAGAGAAGAAGCUCACGCACAGGAAGAUGGUGCAGGACUGGAUGAACACAUUUUUCAGGAUUUUGAACAUGAACAAGAGGAGUCAGAUGGUGGGACUGAGACCUCAGACUCAAUUGCCUUUGAUGAUACAUCCCUCGUACUUGAUGGUGAGAAUCCCAAUGAUAUAUCAGAGUCAUCAACAACAAUGGGUUUUCCUAUCAUCGACUCACCUUCCGGAAGGUCUGCUUCUGCUUCUGAUAUUGACACUGAGACAUGCAACAAACCACUAAUCCAUAUGUAUGAAAAGGAGUUCACAUCUGAGAUCUGCUGUGGUUCUUUGUGGGGAGUCAAUUUGUUGCUGGGCACCCGAUCUAGUCUGUACCUGAUGGACAGAAGUGGAAAGGCAGACAUCAUUAAACUUAUAAAGCGAAGACCGUUCCGCCAGAUCCAAGUCGUGGAGCCACUCAAUUUGCUGAUUACCAUCUCUGGCCACAAGAACAGACUUCGCGUGUAUCAUUUGACUUGGCUGAGAAACAAGAUUCUGAAUAAUGAUCCAGAAAGCAAGAGAAGGCAGAAGGAAAUGCUGAAGACAGAGGAGGCUUGUAAAUCCAUUGAUAAGUUGACUGGCUGUGAACACUUCAGUGUCCUUCAACAUGAAGAAACAACAUACAUUGCAGUUGCUUUGAAAUCAUCAAUUCACCUUUACGCAUGGGCACCAAAAUCCUUUGACGAAAGCACUGCUAUUAAAGUGUUUCCAACCCCUGAUCUUAAGCCGGUGACAGUUGACCUGACUGUUGGUUCUGAGAAAACACUGAAGAUUUUCUUCAGCUCAGCUCAUGGAUAUCACAUGAUUGAUGCAGAAUCUGAAGUUAUGUCUGAUGUGACCUUGCCAAAUAACAACAUCAUCAUUUUACCUGAUUGCUUGGGAAUUGGCGUGAUGCUCUCCUUCAAUGCUGAAGCUGCCUCCGAGGAAGCAAAUGAACAACUCUUCAAGAAGAUCCUUGAUGUGUGGAAAGACAUACCAUCUUCCGUGGCUUUUGAGUGUACACAGAGAAUCACCGGGUGCGACCAAAAGGCUAUUGAAGUGCGGUCCCUGCAGUCCAGCAUCAUCGAGAAUGAGCUGAAGCGCAGGUCAAUCAAGAAACUGAGAUUCCUGUGUACCCGUGGUGACAAGCUGUUCUUUACUUCCAUACUGAACAAUCACCACAGCCGGGUUUACUUUAUGACCCUUGGAAAACUUGAAGAGCUCCAAAGAAGUUAUGCUGUUUAA